UGCAGAGAGAAAAAUAAAAGGCAGGAAGAGAUCUGGAGAGAGUACGAAACAUAUAAAGUUAUAAAGGGUAACCAGAGGGAGAGUUCCGCAGACAUGUCAGCCUGAGGAGGUCCCAGCACUAAACAACCAUGUAUCUCCUACUGACACUUCUCCUGUGUGUCAAGCUGAUAUUCACAAAGGGGACUUCCAGCUAUGAACCAUCGUGCCUUCCUGGGUAUUUUCUUUGUGGGUCAGGGUGUCUCCCCCUAUCCUCUCGCUGUGAUGGCACCAUUGACUGUAAGGAUCAGUUUGAUGAGCUUAGAUGCCAUCCACAAUGCAAUGUCAAUCUAAGGGACUUCUAUGGUGUAUUUGCUCCCCCUGGGUAUCCUGGAUCUUCACCCACUCAGCUACCCAUCUACUGUCGCUGGACAAUUGAUACAGGAGAUGGUCGUGGCCUUUCACUCCAGUUUUCCUCACUCCAACUUUCUGGGACAGAUGAACUCGUAGUUUAUGAAGAAAUAUUGAGUGAUUCUCCCCAUCUUCUCCGUGCUCUGGACAGGCAGAGCAAUGGCAAAACAGUCACUGUGGAGUCUGUGAGUGGAAGGGUUAUUGUUUUUUAUUACUACAGCUCCAGCAACCCUGCCAUCUCUAGAUUUUACACCACUGUUACCCAGCGCACUGAGGUUAGGUUUCCUGGCUCUGAUUAUCCUGUGUCUUAUGAGCUCCUAGAACAAGCCUAUGGCCCACAUUUGCCUGACAGGACUGGCUCUACUCGUUCUCGCUUUGCUGCCUCUAACCUUCAUAGUGUUCGGCUCUCACCAAUUCGUCCCAGAGGCUUCAAUGCCACUUACCGCGUGCGGGCUUAUUGUCUUCCUUGGGACCACCCAUGUGGCUCCAGUCCAGGACUUCUAUGGGAUGAUACAGUGGAGGAAGGUGGUGGCUGCUUCACAGAUGCACAACGUUGUGAUGGAGUCUGGGAUUGUGCCAAUGGUCGUGACGAGAUAAAUUGUACUGGCUGUGCAUAUGGACACUUCCCAUGUGCCCUAAGUCAGGCCUGUUACCCCCUUAAUGAAAGAUGUAAUUACCAAACCUCAUGUCAGGAUGGGACUGAUGAGAAGGGUUGCCGUGGGUGUCAGCCUGGAGGCUUCCACUGUGACCUGGAGCACUGUAUAUAUGAAGCAUGGGUAUGUGAUGGACAAGCAGACUGCAGAGAUGGCACAGAUGAGAAAAACUGUGGGUACACCUUGCCUCGGAAGGUCAUAGCAGCAGCUGUCAUUGGAAGCUUGAUUUGUGCCACACUCCUGGUGGUAGCUCUUGGAUGUACAUGCAGGCUAUAUACAACACGGGCACGUGAAUAUAGCAUCUUUGCACCACUAUCCAGAAGUGACGCGGAACUCAUUCAGCAGCAGGCCCCACCUUCUUAUGGGCAGUUAAUAGCCCAAGGAACUAUACCACCUGUAGAUGACUUCCCCACUGAGAGCACCACUGAUGGGUCCUUCAUGGGAAACCUUCGUAGCCUAUUGCAGUUCCUUCAGAACACACCACCAAACCCCCCUGGAGGUGAGGUACCUCGACGACGUCCACCACGUCCAGUCAGGCGACUCCUCCGACGCCUGCGUCGUUGGGGGCUUCUUCCGCCUCGUUCACAUGGACAACAGACUGAUUCAUCCCAGAACCAGACUUCAACACCAGAGGGGACAACAGAAAACAGAGAACCACCCUCAGCUCCACUUCUUCCAAUUAAAACACCACUGGAUUCUUCACAAGCCUCAGUUCCUGAAGUUGAGACUUCUGAACCCACCCCACAGGUCCAGUCUUCAGGGGAUAGACGAGGUGUGAUGACUGGUAUGAUGCAGGUGGUUAGAGAAAGGAUAUUUCAUCCACUGGUAGGAGAGGAUCCCAUAGUUGGAAGGCGAACAGGAGACAGACAGGAGUCAGAGGAGCAUUCUUUAGUGAGAGGCGAGGAAGAGGAUGAGAUGUUGUUAUUGCCCCUCUCAGAGGGAUGGGAUAAUGAAACUGGGGAUGUGGGGCUACUAAUGUGCUAAUACAACUUUUGACAACUCCCUACUAUAAAUUUGCUCAAGGUGAAUGACUGGUAAACUUUGCCUACACCAGUAAACCUCCAAGUUUGUGCUCACCUCCUUAUUAUCCUUCCGAAUGCCUCACAGGUUUUGCAAGGUUUUUGUUUGUUUUUUAAUUUUCUUCUGAUCGUUUUGGUGGGGGAGCAAUGUGUUAGAUUUGACGCGCCUAGAUCUAGGCUACCAUUUAGAGUGAUUUACUAAUAUUAUUUAGCACUCAACUCCAUCAGUCCCUAUGGGGCACUUGGAGGUGAUUUGUUGCAAGGCAAUUUACCUGUCCUACUACUCUACCAUACCAGGAAUGGAAUGUAGUAAACAUAUUUUCAAACAUAACAUUUUUAGAAAGCUAAAACAAAUCUAUUUUUCUAUUGGUCAAGGGAAAUGCUUUUAGUUAUUUCUUACAAAGAUUUAAGUGCACAGCACAUGAAAAGUGCAACUUAAAUUCAGAAUGAAGAUUUUGAACACUGUGAUUUUAUUUGAAUACUAAUUGCAAUACUUCAGCACUCUUCCUGCCAUGCAGGCCUCCAAACAUUCCUUGCUUGAAUCGGUGCACUGUUGGCAGCUCUGGCAAUGAAUGAGUUAAGAAUCUGUGUGGGCUUAAUGGUGUGACUUGUGUGCUUGCCAUGUAAAUUAUUUAUUUUCUGUGGUUAUGGAUUAAAAAACAAUUAAAAAAAAAAAAAAAAAAAAACACUGGUACAAAUAUUUUGUGUGAGAAAAAGGCUUGAGGUGAAUGUAGAGAAGAGAGCAUUGUAACUUUGUGGGAAUUGCUUCUAAUUCCGUAUUUACAGAAAUUGGCACACAAAGUACUACAUGAUGGUGCUGAAGAUUUGUAUAUUUUAUGUCCACGGGCCUUUGGUCUGGUGGGGGCUACCACAUAAGACUGAUUCAAAUAAAUAACAGGUCUUACUAUA